GGCGGGUGUUUCUUACAGGUCACGCCCGGCUGGCCGAGCUCAGCGUGACGUCAGCGACACACCCUCGUCUGUCCGGUAUCGACCUGCGCGGCGCGUCGGCGGCACGCAGCCCGGUCCCGGGUGGGAGGGAGCACAUGAGCCCGCCCAGCGCCUCCGCCGACGCAGACGCUGACGUCAACCUCAGCCGGCCGCACAGCUCUCGGCGCCGGCGGUUAUUUCCGCUCCGGGGACGGUCCCAUCGCGCCACGCGCCACUGCUGGCACCGAGUGCAGCGACAGUGAGCGGCUGCCAGCCUCAGUGUGCGCCCCUCGGCCGAGCGACCGCCACCGCCUGCUCGCCGCCGCUGGUCCGAGACACGAGGUCAUACAGCGGGUCACAGGACUGUGAGCGGCGAACGGAGUGACCGGCGGUGACACCGUGUGACCCGGGUGACCUCAGGUGUGACCGGGUGACCUCGCGUGUGACCGGUGACCGGUCGCGUGUGACCCAGUCGGGCGGUCCGCUCUCGUUCGGCGAUGCUGCAGCGUUCGCGUGCGGUGCUGCGCCUGCUGCGGGAGCAGCGGGCGCUGUCUCCGGCCGGCCGCGGCGCGGUCAGCAGUCCCGCCACCCCGACCAGGGCGGUGGCCGGCGGAGCGCACCCGUUCGGCCCGCCGCCGCCGCCCCUCACCCGGCGUCUGCAGGUCACCAGGCGGUGUCAGAGUCUCAGCGACGUCAACAACGACAGAUCGUCGACUCCCCCGCCGGGGCAGCGGCUGUCCUCGGAGGGCGCUCAGGGAUCGUGGAAGUCGCAGGUGUUCACUGAUGCCGAGCAGAUCGACGAUGACAUCGAUAAGAAAAGCCCGGCCGAGCAGCGCCAGGCGUUUGAUAUGCUGGAGGACAGCAUUUUCUACAUGUUCUCCAGAGACGGGAAGACCAUUCAGAUUGGCAAGUUUCUAGCCGCGCUGCGGGAGACCGGUCUCCGUAAGAACGACCGCCGUCUGCGUGAGAUGACGGAGAACCUGUACAAGGUGUACGAGGAGCGGUCGGGUGCGCCGGACGUACACAGUCCGGAGAGCCAGGUGCUCGACCUGCCCACCUUCAGACGUCUGGUGACGAGCAACAUCCACCUGAUCUCUCGUGCGAUGCGCCAGCGGUUUGUGAUUCCCGACUUUACCAACUUCUGCCGGGAUAUCGAGGCCAUCUACUGGCACUGCAAGUCCUCCGCCGGCGGAAAGGAGGGGGAGGUGGCGUCGUACAUCCCGCAGCUGGCGCGGUACGACCCCAACUUCUGGGGCGUGUCGGUGUGCACCGUGGACGGCCAGCGCUACUGCAUCGGGGACGUGACCGUGCCGUUCACCGUGCAAUCCAUCAGUAAGCCGCUGACGUACGGCCUGGUGCUGGACGAGCUGGGGGAGGACAUGGUCCACCAGUACGUCGGCCAGGAGCCCAGCGGACGCAUGUUCAACGAGCUGGUGCUCGACCACAACAAGAAGCACACAACCCAUGAUCAAC